GGGAGCUCAGAUUGAUGGGUGUGAGUUUAUUUAAUUGGCUCCAAAGUCCAGAAAAAAAAAAAAAAAAAAAAAGAAAGCCUAAAGUUGUCUCCUCUCUUACAAAGUUCAGGACGUAGCAAACAGAACGAGCAUCUCCGGCAAGAAUGGCGGCAGAUAGCAGCAGGGUUCUUGUUAUCGGGAGCACAGGCUACUUUGGCAAGUUCAUGGUAGACGCAAGCUUGCGGCUCGGUCACCCCACCUUUGCCCUCGUGCGCGAGAGCACGCAGGCCUCCGACCCCGAGAAGGCCAAAGUCAUCGAAUCCUUCAAGUCUCGCGGCGUCAAUAUUAUCUAUGGGAAUAUUUACGAGAAGGCAAAGCUGGCGGCGGCAUUGAAGCUGGUGGAUGUCGUGAUCUGCACGCUGAGCCAUCGUACACCGCAUCUGUAUGAGGACGAGGUCAUGCUCAUCCUGGCAAUCAAAGAAGCAGGGAAUAUUAAGAGAUACAUCCCGUCUGAGUUCGGUUUUGAUGUUGAACGUCUUGAUAUUAUGGAGCCGGCUAAAAGCAUCCUUGAUGUUAAGGCUAGAGUCAGACAGCGUCUUAGGGAGGAAGGGGUCCCACAUACUAUUGUCUGUGGUGCACUUGCUGCUAACUGGUAUUUCCUGCCAAGGAUAGGCCAAGUGGAAGCUUCAGGUCCACCUACUGAUAAAGUCUGCAUACUGGGGGAUGGCAAUACCAAAGUUGUAUUGGUUAGAGAAGAAGACACAGCUACAUACACAAUCAAAGCUGCUGAUGAUCCAAGAACUCUGAACAAGAUCAUGUAUUUGAGGCCUCCGGGCUGUGUCAUAACUCACAAUGAGAUGAUUGACCUGUGGGAGAAGAAGACUGGCAAGAAAUUUGACCGGAUCCAUAUCCCUGAACAAGAGGUUAUUAAGAAGAUCCAAGAAGGGCCUGUUGAUAUGAGAGGUAGUUACAUGAUUGCUCAUGCUGGCUUUGUGAAGGGACAGUCGAUUAUAGAUAUUGAUAAGUCAUUUGGAGUGGAGGCUUCGGAGCUCUACCCUGAGGUUAAGUACGCUUCCAUUGAUGAGCUUCUUGAUAGCUAUCUCUAGAAUUUCAGAAGCAAAUACUUCAAUUGCUUGUAGUAUGAUUGAUCUUUGUAUGAAAUCUUGGAAACUAAACCAAAACCAAAUGUUUUCUGCUUUUAUCUAUUCGUUUGUGCUUUAAUGAGCGAAAAUCUGGAUAAAAAAUUGACUAAUAUAGAUGACAGGUUUGUUUUGCACUUUGUUA